CGCCCAGCCUUGUCCUCUGUCAUCCCGUCUAAUAAAUAGAACUUCGCAAGCAGAAAUCUGCCUUCUCAAUUAGUCCUAAUUGUUUGUGGGUGACAGGAAAGUCCGGUGACUUCUAUUUCUUAAGUUGUUAGUUUGAACUUUGUUCUAUAUUCAAAAUGACUACACAGUUCCCAUCUCUCUCUCCGGCACAGAAGAAGGAGCUCUCUGACAUUGCUCAGAGGAUUGUGGCUCCGGGGAAAGGCAUUUUGGCAGCUGAUGAGUCUACAGGCACCAUGGGUAAGCGACUGGAGAAGAUAAAUGUGGAAAACAAUGAGGAGAACCGUCGGACAUUCCGCGACCUCUUGUUCUCUGCUGUUGAUGCUAAUUGCAUUGGCGGGAUCAUAUUUUUCCAUGAGACCCUGUACCAGAAGUCAGACAAGGGUGUGCCUUUCCCCAAGCUCGUCAAGGACAAGGGUAUUGUCGUCGGCAUAAAGGUGGACAAAGGCACAGCUGGUCUUAAUGGAACUGAUGGAGAGACAACCACACAGGGUCUUGAUGGACUCUCCGAGCGUUGUGCUCAAUACAAGAAGGAUGGUUGUGACUUUGCCAAGUGGAGGUGUGUGCUCAAGAUCUCCGAUGCCUGUCCCUCGGCCCUUGCCAUUGCAGAGAACGCCAACGUACUCGCCAGAUAUGCCAGUAUCUGCCAACAGAAUGGCCUGGUGCCCAUCGUGGAGCCAGAGAUUCUGCCUGACGGAACCCACGACCUGCUGCGCACGCAGUAUGUUACUGAGAAGGUCCUAGCUGCCACCUACAAGGCUCUGAAUGACCACCACGUCUACCUGGAGGGCACCCUGUUGAAGCCCAACAUGGUCACUGCUGGGCACUCCUGCCCAAAGAAAUUCACCCCCCAGGAAGUUGCAAUGGCCACUGUAACUGCCCUGAGGCGCACUGUCCCUGCAGCUGUGCCUGGCAUCACCUUUCUGUCUGGUGGCCAGAGUGAGGAGGAGGCCACACAGAACCUGAACGCCAUGAAUCAGACAGCCCUCCACCGACCCUGGAAGCUCUCUUUCUCCUAUGGCCGCGCACUCCAGGCAUCUGCUCUUGCCGCCUGGCAAGGCAAGGCCAGCAACAAGAAAGCGGCUCAGGAUGCCUUCACUUCAAGAGCCAAGAGCAAUGGGUUGGCUGCCAAAGGAGAAUACACAUCCACUGCUGGUGCAGACAAGGCUUCCACGCAGUCUCUGCACACAGCCAACUAUGUUUAUUAACCCUCGCCAGGAUGCCAGGACCACAGAAAAUGCUAACAACUGAGGAAAUUGGAAGUGUCACAUCUGUAAUGGGAGAUGAUCGGCGGGAGGUAUCACAGCUGGUCCCUCCCUUCCCUAAAAUGACUACCUAAUGAUGAAUCAAGUAGUGUUGGGUUUUUGUACUGAUGAUACACUGAAUAAAUUUAAAUAAAUGAAUUGUAUGAACAAACCA